AUGAUUCUGAUUUUCCUGAAUACAGUAAAAUCCUUAUGCAUAUUAACAGGAACAUACACUUAGCUUCCAAAAGAAAAACAUAAGCUGGUUUAAGCUGGUCAGAAGAUUUUCAAGCAGGCUGAUGUUGAUAAUAGUGACAGUUUAUCAGUAGAUGAAAUCAAACAUUGGGUAGAGAGUAGGAAAGUAUUUGUUGAAUUUAUUGAAAGAUUUGAGCCUAAAACCAAGAUAUACUAUGAACCGUGGAUUUAUCAGAACUUCCCUGAGAUUAAGAUUAAUGAAAUGAAAAAGGAACCACUUAAUACAAUGGGUACGCUUGAGAAUAUCAUGAAGGAAACGUUCUCAGUUAAACAGAAGCAAAGAAAGAAGGUUUUCAGGCAUUUCAUUAAGUCUUAAGAAACUAUUGACCCAUUGGAUGAUAAUAAUAUUUUCAAUGAGAGGCUCUUAAGUAUGUAAAAAAAGUAAUCAAAUAUUGGAUCAGAUGUGAACUUAAUUGACAAUAAUGACUUUGGAGUAGGGUAAUAAUAGCAGCAUCUUUUGAUGACUCAAAAAUCAAGUGGAAUUAACUUUGGUGGAGGUAAAAUAUAGUCUCCUGGUGGUUUUAUGACUCAGAGAAACAAAUCAUCAGGAAAUAUGUUUGCUGGUAGAAGGUAAUAUCUUGCAGACAACAAACACAAGAUUAAUGUUCUUUGCAUUCAAGGCAGAACAUACUCCAAGAAUGACAUCAUUGAGCUCAAAAGGUUUUACGAUAUUAUGGACAGAGAAAACAAAGGAUUUAUCACUUAUGAGGACUAUGCUAGGAACUUCAAACUAAUGUCAAACUCUCAAAAGCAUGCAAAGAAUGUUUUUGAAACAUUGGAUAAAGCUAAAAAAGGAUAAAUUAGUUUGGAGUAAUUUGUAAGAGUGAGUAUCCCUCAUAUUCAGGACAAAGAUCUAAGAGUUGUGUUUGAAUGGAUGAAGCAACCAAACAAAUACAAUGAGGGUUUCGUUUUAUAAAGUGCGCCGAGAGUGUAGCCUGCAAGUCUAAGCAGAUCACCAGCUAAAGAAUCUGAUAAAUUUGCAUCAUUAAAUGCCUAAUUAAGUCUGUAAAAAGUAAUCCCAAAGUAAAAUGUCAAGGAAUUUUUAAGAAUUUUUGAUAUUUACAACAAAGAUAAGAGUGGAUAGAUGUCCAUAGAAGACUUGAAAAAAUUCCUUAUGGACACCUACUAGAAAGAAGAAGUUGUUGAAUAAGUGCUACAGAGGAAAUUUCUUCACUGGGGUUUCAACGGUUCUCCAAAUUAUAAAGCAUCUCUCACUCACACAGCUUCAUUAGUUAACUUUGAAAUUGAGCCGUUCGAUUUAGGCUAAAAAAACACGAAGUUAAGAAUGAACACUGUGACUCAAUGGAAUACGACAAGGUAAUAAUAAGAUUUUGGAGAAACUAAUAACAACAUGAAUGAUGAUGAGCGCAGUGACUUUAGUGAAAUAGUUGAGAGAUAAUAUCUAGAAAAGUAUAAUAAAAAAUAGGUCGUUGACAUAGAAUAAUUUUUGUCAAUCAUUGUUCCACCUGAUGGUUACAUUUCAACUAACGCAAUGAAUAAAAUCAGGAAGAGCUAUUAGAAGAGACUAAUAAUGUACUAGAAAAAAUAAAUAGAUAAUUUGAAAAUAAAGAUUAGACAGGCUAACAAGCAAAAAAAUAUUGUCUAUACUGGUAACCAUAAAGAUGAGAAAUCUGUUAUUCGCUAGAACUUUGGUUAGAUGAUAUAAUAACGGAAAAUUAGUGCUUUUAACCCCUUAGUAAUUUAUGAUGCAGAAAGUAAUGAGAACUUAAUUGAUAAUUUAUGA